GAGCUGUGAGACACUCUCCCUUUCCUUCUCUCCUUUCCUCGGAGCAAGGCCCACUCGGCCAUGAGGGAAGCUGGGACUGGAGGCGUGGGUUUCUUAGAUACUGAUGGCUGAGUGGGGAGUCAUCCUUUCUAUAUCAACUGAGGAGAAACUGAGGAUGGGCAACGUCCAGCAAAGACCUUCAGAGCUGAUCAAUCGAGAGCGGAAACGCCUGGUGGAGGGCCUCAAAAAUGAUUCAGGCAUCCUGCUAGAUGGGCUUAUGGCUCGAGGCAUCAUCACAAUGAGUGAAUAUGAGUUCCUGGAUGCCAUGGAUGACCCCGAGCGCAUGGUGCGCCGGUUACUUCUGAUAAUACAGAAGAAGGGUGAGUUUGCUUGCCAGGAGCUACUGAACUGCGUGACUGAGAUCCACCCUCAGUACUCCAGAGACCCUUAUUGGAACUGGAAGCUCACACCAGAGGGUUAUGGCUACUAUGGCCAUAGAAGUCAUGACUCAUGCUGUGCGAAUGACGAGAGGAAGGCUUCAUCUGGGGGUGUGCACCCUGGGCUUCCUAACACUGAAGACAAGGAUGAGACUGGUGGUGCAGAGGGACCGAAGGACUCAGAAGCAGCAGAGUUGGACACUCUUGAGGACCAAGAUUCCUCAAAGGAUCCACAAACUCCAGAAAACAAUGAGUCGAUAAAUGAAGUUCUAGAAGAGCAAGAGCCACAAAUCCCAGAAAACGAUGAGUCGAUAAAUGAAGUUCUAGAAGAGCAAGAGCCACAAAUCCCAGAAAACGAUGAGUCGAUAAAUGAAGUUCUAGAAGAGCAAGAGCCACAAACCCCAGAAAACGAUUACUUUCCAGAGUGUUAUGAGGAGCCAGAAGUACUAGAAGAUGAUGAAUAAGAUUUCUGAUGAAGCCAACUGAAAUGACCACUACCCCAUCCUACCUGCCAUACGAGUGAGUGAGGUCAUCACUGGGCUAGGAGAGUGCUCAGGCUAAGACUUGGGGCUUGGAGUUAUUCCUGCUUUGUUUGAAUAAACUCUUAAUACAGGGUCCAGAGUAGUACUGGAUUGAUAAUAUUAUUAAUGAUAAAAAUCAUAACUUCCAUUUCCAU